AUGGGGACAUUUGCAGGUCAUGCGUUACCUGGAAGUUUCUUCCUUCUUUUCGGCAUUUGGGGAAUUUUCUUCCAGCUCAGAAAAUACUACAGACACAAAAAAUAUGAGUUAGGGUUUUCAAACCGAAGAGAACCAGUUUAUAAAAAUCAGAUGACCACGCCGAUUCGGUGUUGUCAAGUUGGAUGCUGUGGAUGGAAGGAAGUUCCUCUAGAUUCAUAUUUGAAAGCAAUUUGUUGUGCCAUUGGUAUUACUGGUGAAAUUUAUACUGGAUUUGACGAUGGAGUUUUCAAGUUUAUUGGAAAUCUCCAACAUGCAACCAUGUUUGCCAUGUUCAUGUUAUGUGGUAUUUUCGAAGUGCUGGAUUUCUACAAAAUUUUCAGAUUUCCAAACUGCACAAAUUACUUAUUCAGUUUUCUGGCUGUUGUCACAGAAUUGGUUCUCUUCGCAUUUCAUUUGCACGGCAGAACUCCAACUGAUAUUUAUGUCCACACUAUUCUCAUUUACGCUUUAAUAAUUUUGCUCGUCGUUGGUGUUUGCGAAGCCAUCUUUCCGCACUCUAUCUUGCCCGGACUUGUGAGAAACUUGCUUAUCAUUGUUCAAGGGUCAUGGUUCUGGCAGGUUGGAGCUAUCCUCUACCCCCCUUCGACGGCACUUCCUCAAUUCGAUGAACUAGCAAUCGAAAGUAUUCCCCGAGUGACUAAAAUCUUCAUUUGGCAUAUAAUUAUCUUCCUCGGUUUCAUCUGCUUCACUACAAUCACUAUGGGAUUUCCCUUGAGAAAUCCUCCAACUAACGCCACUAACAACAACAUGCCCGACCAUCAGCGUCUGCUGGCUCAAGAGGACGGUGGAGAAUCUGAUAACAGUGUAAGUGAAAACGAAUUGUUGGAAAUGCGUCAAUGGAAAUCGACCUAUUUAGCACACCCUGUUAGUGUUCCGUAA